AUGCUUCGUCACGUCUCCCACGUCCCAGUCUCAUGCUACGUCACGUCUCCCACGUCCCAGCCUCAUGCUACGUCACGUCUCCCACGUCCCAGUCUCAUGCUACGUCACGUCUCCCACGUCCCAGCCUCAUGCUACGUCACGUCUCCCACGUCCCAGUCUCAUGCUACGUCACGUCUCCCACGUCCCAGCCUCAUGCUACGUCACGUCUCCCACGUCCCAGUCUCAUGCUACGUCACGUCUCCCACGUCCCAGUCUCAUGCUACGUCACGUCUCCCACGUCCCAGUAUCAUGCUACGUCACGUCUCCCACGUCCCAGUCUCAUGCUACGUCACGUCUCCCACGUCCCAGUCUCAUGCUACGUCACGUCUCCCACGUCCCAGUCUCAUGCGACGUCACGUCUCCCACGUCCCAGUCUCAAGCCUCAUGCUACGUCACGUCUCCCACGUCCCAGUCUCAUGCUACGUCACGUCUCCCACGUCCCAGUCUCAAGCCUCAUGCUUCGUCACGUCUCCCACGUCCCAGUCUCAUGCUACGUCACGUCUCCCACGUCCCAGCCUCAAGCUUCAUGCUUCGUCACGUCUCCCACGUCCCAGUCUCAUGCUACGUCACGUCUCCCACGUCCCAGUCUCAUGCUACGUCACGUCUCCCACGUCCCAGUCUCAAGCUUCAUGCUUCGUCACGUCUCCCACGUCCCAGUCUCAAGCCUCAUGCUACGUCACGUCUCCCACGUCCCAGUCUCAUGCUACGUCACGUCUCCCACGUCCCAGCCUCAAGCCUCAUGCUACGUCACGUCUCCCACGUCCCAGCCUCAAGCCUCAUGCUACGUCACGUCUCCCACGUCCCAGUCUCAAGCUUCAUGCUUCGUCACGUCUCCCACGUCCCAGUCUCAAGCCUCAUGCUUCGUCACGUCUCCCACGUCCCAGUCUCAUGCUACGUCACGUCUCCCACGUCCCAGUCUCAAGCUUCAUGCUUCGUCACGUCUCCCACGUCCCAGUCUCAUGCUACGUCACGUCUCCCACGUCCCAGUCUCAAGCUUCAUGCUUCGUCACGUCUCCCACGUCCCAGUCUCAAGCCUCAUGCUACGUCACGUCUCCCACGUCCCAGUCUCAUGCUACGUCACGUCUCCCACGUCCCAGCCUCAAGCCUCAUGCUACGUCACGUCUCCCACGUCCCAGCCUCAAGCCUCAUGCUACGUCACGUCUCCCACGUCCCAGUCUCAUGCUACGUCACGUCUCCCACGUCCCAGCCUCAAGCCUCAUGCUACGUCACGUCUCCCACGUCCCAGUCUCAAGCCUCAUGCUUCGUCACGUCUCCCACGUCCCAGUCUCAUGCUACGUCACGUCUCCCACGUCCCAGCCUCAAGCCUCAUGCUACGUCACGUCUCCCACGUCCCAGCCUCAAGCCUCAUGCUACGUCACGUCUCCCACGUCCCAGUCUCAAGCCUCAUGCUUCGUCACGUCUCCCACGUCCCAGCCUCAAGCCUCAUGCUUCGUCACGUCUCCCACGUCCCAGUCUCAAGCCUCAUGCUUCGUCACGUCUCCCACGUCCCAGUCUCAUGCUACGUCACGUCUCCCACGUCCCAGUCUCAAGCCUCAUGCUUCGUCACGUCUUCCACGUCCCAGUCUCAAGCCUCAUGCUUCGUCACGUCUCCCACGUCCCAGUCUCAUGCUACGUCACGUCUCCCAGUCCCAGUCUCAAGCCUCAUGCUUCGUCACGUCUCCCACGUCCCAGUCUCAAGCCUCAUGCUUCGUCACGUCUCCCACGUCCCAGUCUCAAGCCUCAUGCUUCGUCACGUCUCCCACGUCCCAGUCUCAAGCCUCAUGCUUCGUCACGUCUCCCAAGUCCCAGUCUCAUGCUUCGUCACGUCUCCCAAGUCCCAGUCUCAUGCUACGUCACGUCUCCCACGUCCCAGUCUCAAGCCUCAUGCUUCGUCACGUCUCCCACGUCCCAGUCUCAUGCUACGUCACGUCUCCCACGUCCCAGUCUCAAGCCUCAUGCUUCGUCACGUCUCCCACGUCCCAGUCUCAAGCCUCAUGCUUCGUCACGUCUCCCACGUCCCAGCCUCAAGCCUCAUGCUACGUCACGUCUCCCACGUCCCAGUCUCAAGCCUCAUGCUACGUCACGUCUCCCACGUCCCAGUCUCAAGCCUCAUGCUACGUCACGUCUCCCACGUCCCAGUCUCAAGCCUCAUGCUACGUCACGUCUCCCACGUCCCAGUCUCAAGCCUCAUGCUUCGUCACGUCUCCCACGUCCCAGUCUCAAGUCUCAUGCUUCGUCACGUCUCCCACGUCCCAGCAAUAA